AUGAAAUCAAAAAUGCCAGAAAUAUCUAGAAAUUUAAACAGACAGGAAAACACUCGGCAUGCAGUAGAGAAACACUGCAAAGUGGGGCUUGAGUGCAUUAGAAAGACGAGGUGUGUUAUGGUCCUGCUCUUUCUAUCGCUAGCAUGUGCUACAAAUGAUUUAUGUGCAUUUAAAAAUAUGCUAAAUAGAAAAGAACUAGAAAUCAAUCCACAUGGGCCAUUAUCAAAGGAAAGAGGAAUUCUGCACCAAGAAUGCAAUCACAUUGAAUUAAAGCAGCAGCUAGAUCCAAAUAGUAAUUGGCACUAUAAACUAGAAAUUAAAAAGUUGGAGAAGCCAACUUCUAGUUCAAACUAUACUAUUGGCCGGAAAAUCAGUCAGAAGAAAUACACUAUUUCACAGGCCAUUAAUAGCAAGCUACUAUCAGACUCAGACUACAAAAAAGAAUACCACGCAGUACUUCAGCACCUGUUUUCUGACAAUCGGUGUAUAGGCAUACUGAACACGAAUGUCCAUCAUUUUUAUUCUAUUCUUUCUAAGGAAGAAACUUCGAAUAAUCCCAAGAGCUAUAUGCUUUUGGCUUCUCUAUUUCUUCUGUCGGAGGGGUUGAAAUUGCCUCUAAGUAUUAAUGUGAAGGGGAAAACAAAUACUGUGGCUGUUUUAGAGCCAAUGAACGGUCUCAACAAUUCCGCUAUGUUCUGCAUCGAUCUGUUUCUACCCAGUAAUGGUGAAGAGAAAAAGCCUGCUGAUGAUAAAAAGAAAAAGACACAAGAUGAUGAUAAAAAGAAGAAAAAGCCAGCCAAUGAUAAGGGACAAAAUUCGGCUGGCGAUGAAAAGAAGGCCUCACUAGAAAUGACAAAAAAAAGUGUGCAUAACAUAAAAGCAUGUGCUGAAGAAGGUUUAAUAGAAGGCUGUGCUGAAUGCAUUAUUACUUUUUUUAUAAAAUACUGCGAGAAAUGCAAUUCAGAGCGCGAAGGAUUCGCAGAACCAAACACAUACCAAGAUUAUAUGACUGGAAAGUUCAUGAAUGCGCCAGGCUUUCUCAUACAAAACUUUGUGCACCAAUACAUAAAAGACGACACAGAUAAACGAAUGCUGUUUGCUUCUAGCGUGUACACUCUGAUACAAGAUUGCCUGCCACUCGAAGAGUGCCAAGACCCGAAAUUAGCUAAAUUGGGCGAGCAGGCAAAAAAUAUACUCAAUAGAUGUUUUAUUGAAAAAAGCAUCCUCAAUUCAGAGCUUUUGAAGGCAAAGGAAAGGAUAACAAUAGACAAUAUAGCAAAUGUAAUAUCUGCGGUGGGUGUUUUGAGUGACAGUACAAAGAAAAAAAUACCAGAUAAAAUGGAGGCUAAGCAACAGAUUGAGCGUAUAAUAGAAAAAACCCCGGGCAAAAUCUUUAUAGAUUUUCUACUUAUUGACUAUGCAGCCCAGGGGUUGGAAAGUUAUAAACGGGCAGAUAGUAAGGAUAAUAUAAGUUUUAUUAAAUCCGGGUUUGAAAUCGCAAAUGAAUCAUCACCUGAUUCAGGCGGCAAUCUAAAAGGGCUGGUUUACAUUGGGCAUCUUUUAAAGAGGCAUGGCUAUAUAGAGGUGGUCUGUGCUCUGCUGGUCCGGGCGGCCUGCAUGGAUUUAGAUGGCAAGCGCAGUGUGGCGGCUAUUAUUAGAAACCUGCUUUGGUAUAGAAGCUUUAAUAUUGACGAAACACAAGAUUUCAGUCGGCAUCUUAUCGUUUUGAUAGAUCUUUUAGGAGAGUCUAAAAAAUAUUUUUAUUAUGACAAACUUCCUAGCGACUUUGCUAUACGGUUUAAUGAUAUUGAUAAAGAGAAGAUAGCUCAGUCGACUGCUAGCAUGUGUUCAUAUCUAUUAAAGAAGAAAUCUAUGAACCUUCUGAAUAGCUUCAUAAAGGCAUACCUUCAAAACUGGGCUCGGUUUGGCCUGCCUAUUAUUUCAGAGGUGUUUUUAAAGAUGCCUGGCCUAUUGGAUAAGAAAGAUUUGCUAUUUCUACUAACUGAAAAAGGAAUGAAUAUUAACUUUAUUACAAAAAUAGCAGAGGAUAUAGAAACAGAACAUGGAAAGCAGGAUAUAGAAAAAGAGUUUAUAAGACUGCGUAUAAAAAGAGACUCUACAAGGCAAAAUACCAAUAAUAGAAGACAUUCAUUAUUUGAUAUACCUAAAACCGCCAUUGAUAUGGUUAGAAGGGCGUCUGGCUAUGGCUCAGAUUUAAUAUCACAAAAAAAUACUAUUGCAAAUAUGCCCAUACGUAAAAAUGACUAUCAAUUGGUCGUGAAAAAGCUGCACCUGGUGGUUUUAAAAAUAGUUAUGCAAUGCAAGUUUCAUUUUAAUGAGAUCAAGGACGAAAUGGUAGGCCUAGUGUCAAGCUAUAGUGUUUUUAAAGAAAAUGACAUAGAGACAAUUAAAUGCAAUAGAAAUAAUAUUUUGCUUCUAAACGAAAUUAUACUGUUGAUUAAUGACGUGAAACAAAGCUUUGGCAAAUUAGAUGAUUAUGAAAUAUACCAGAAGCUUACAAAACUGGAUAAAAACUACACAGAUACGCUAAGGGCAAUACAAGUUACUAUCUUCAAACCCAAAAUAUCUAAAAUCGUGGGAAUGUGCGUUAGAUUAAUAGAUGAUAUCAAUACAAGAAAGCGCAGUGAAGAAGCCACUAAAGAAAAGGAAAGCAUUAAUACCGAGAAUAUUCAAGAAAUCAUCAAUAAAGAAGAUACUAAUGAAGGUGCUGAUAAUAAAGCCAAUGGUAAAUCAGCACAUAUACAAAAAGUAAGUGAUAUUGUAGAUGAUAUAAUAAAAGGGGAAGAAAAUUUGGUAGAGCCGUUAGAAGCACUGGAGAUAAUAUAUAAAGAAAUAAGAGAUACGAACGACAUUCAAAAAGCAAAGGACGCAUUGACAGGAAAUAAUAAUAAUAUGGAUAUUUUUGCAUGCAUAUGCAAACAUAUGUAUAACAAUACAGAAGAAAUAAAUGAUGUGGUAGAGAAAGACCAACAACCCAGCCAAAGCUUGGAUAUGGCAUAGUGUAGCCAGAACCCGCUGACCCAUUUAUAGCAUUAGAACGCUUUAUUUCAGGCUAUACAAAUAAGAUGUUUCUUAGUUAAAACUAAAAUUACACAAAAAUACAAGUCGGUAGUUUAAAUAUUUGGGUACGGGGACUUUUUUGAUUGAGAUAGGAGACUAAAUAUAGACAGGCCUAUCUAUAUACACUUCUUUC